UUUAGGUAACGCACAAUGGAUAUGCUUCAAGAUCUCGUGGCGUGGGGAUUAACUCUUUAUUUCGUAUGUGUCAGGGUGGCCGUGGCCUUCCAGGGAGUCGUUCCGCUUGGUGCGAUAUUUUCCAGUGAUGACAUUGUGUCGCAGAAGGCGUUUGACUAUGCACUCUCCAAGCACAUGGGCCGCAGUGACAGAGACCCCUACUUCGAGUUCAACGCCACGGUCGACAACAUCGACAUAUCAGACAACUUCCAGCUCGCCUCGGCCAUUUGUCGCCAAAUGUCGCUGGGAGUGUUCGCCAUCUUGGGUCAGAAGGAAAUCAUAUCCUCCGAUAUCGUCCAGUCUUUCACUAACACCUUCCAUAUGCCUUUCGUGACGACCAGCCUGUCGCACAUCACCGCCAGAAGGAAUUCUGGGUACGAACUUCACCUCCGGCCAGACUACACGUCCGCUCUCAUUGACGUCAUCGAAUAUUUACGCUGGGAUCACGUUCACUUCCUGUACGAUUCAGACGAAGGUUUGUUACGAAUUCAGAGGAUAUUUUGGUCAAUGCGAAACCACAGCGUGCAGUGGUUCUCCGUGAAACGUUUUAAUGACAUAACUCGCGUCCAUGACGACUUGAGACGACUUGACCGCAGUAACUUCAGUCCUCCUAAGAACUUCGUCCUUGACCUUUCGUCUGAAUACGCCUACAACCUCGUGUUAAAACAGAUUCCUGAAGUUGGUAUGAACAAAGAUGGCUACAACUACCUACUUGGAUCUUUGGACUUCAAAAACUUGAAUCUUUCUCGCUUCAUCCAUGGCGGCGUCAACGUGACAGGUUUUCAACUUCUUGAUACGGACGCCGAGUUUGAAGACGACUUCCUCAAGUCCAUGGUCAAGGUCACCGAUAACAUGCAAGGGCAGAACACGGUUCCGGUGAGAGCGGCACUUACAGUGGAUUCGUUCAACCUCAUCGAGCAGGCGAUCAUCUCAAUGCUCGAGAACGACUCCCACAUCUUCCGCUACAACUUCCGACGAGGCUACGUCUACACCUACAACGACACUAAAGGCAUCCCGUGCACAACCAGACCCCCCAUCCCGUGGAUGCACGGAGAGGGUAUCCUGAACACCAUGAAAAAGCAACAGACCCUAGGGAUGUCUGGUCGAUUGGCAUUUGAUGAAAAUGGCUUUAGAGAUAAAUACUCUCUAGGGGUGUACUCUGUCAGUCUGGAAAAUGGACCCACAAAGAUUGGCACCUGGAAAACUGGAUCCGGUUUUCAUGGUCAAAACUAUGAAGAGACGAUAGAACAGGACGUCAGACAGCAACCACAGCAACGAGUGAACGCUACGAAAAUAAUAACAUCCAUUCUGGUCGAGCCAUUUUUGAUGAGGGUCACAGAAACUAACAAAAAUGGAAAUCCUAUUAUUGGUCCGGAUUUGUAUGAAGGUUAUUGUAUGGAUUUGGCGACAGCAGUAGCCAGACAUGUAGGUUUCGAGUUUCAUAUCAAACUCGUUGCUGACAACACAUACGGCGUGAAACUCAAGAACAACACAUGGAAUGGAAUGAUCGGAGAACUACUGCAGAAGAAAGCCGACAUGGCUGUGGCUCCUUUAACCAUCACAGCCGAACGAGAGAGAUUCGUCGACUUCUCCAAGCCAUUCAUGAACAUUGGGAUCGGGAUCAUGAUCAAGAAGCCGGAGAAGGAGAAGCCGGGGGUGUUCUCCUUCCUGCUGCCGCUGUCCAUCCCCAUAUGGGUGUGCAUCAUCGUCGCCUACAUCGGCGUCAGCGUCGGCCUCUUCCUCGUCAGCAGGUUCAGCCCCUUGGAGUGGAUGAAGAGUCAGAAGGAGAAAGACGACUCAGGAACCAACUUCGACAACAAAUUCUCACUCAUGAACUCUUUCUGGUUUUCCAUGGGAGCUUUGAUGUUCCAGGGAAGUGACCUUUGUCCUAGAUCGGUUUCUGGCAGAAUCAUUGGAGGCGCCUGGUGGUUCUUUGUUCUUAUUAUCAUCUCUUCAUACACUGCCAAUCUGGCGGCCUUUUUAACUGUGGAGCGCAUGCGCACUCCCAUUGAAUCAGCAGACGACUUAGCCCAACAGACAGUAAUUAAAUAUGGAACUGUUGAGUCUGGGACAACCCUAACCUUUUUUAAGGAGUCUGAAGUUCCGACCUAUCGACAGAUGUGGAACUUCAUGAGCGCCAAUUCGGACGUGUUCGUGAAGACUGUGGACGAGGGGAUACAGAAAGUGAGGGACUCUAACUUUAAAUACGCCUUCUUGUUAGAGUCGUCCAACAUCGAGUACGUCAACAACCGAAAGCCGUGCGAUACCGUCAAGGUUGGGCCGAACCUGAAUCAGAAAGCGUUCGGGAUAGCAACUCCCAGAGGAUCAAAUCUCAGAGACAUGGUAACAUUAGCUGUUUUAACUCUGAAAGAGGAUGGAACAUUAUAUACACUGAAAAACAAAUGGUGGUAUGAAAAGGGACAGUGUGGUCUUGAUGGGAGUGGAAAGGAGUCUUCGAAAAGAUCAUUGUCUCUUAGCAACGUCGCUGGUGUAUUCUAUAUUCUGAUUGGUGGACUAGUGUGUUCGGUCAUUCUCGGAGUAUUUGAAUUUUUGUUCUUCCGUGCAAAACGUCCGACGGCGUACCUUCCUGGCACGGAUACUGCCCAGACUCUGAUCAUCUCCCCCAACGACAGAGAUGACGGAAAUGUGCCAAACGACAAAGGAGUCGCAGAGUAUACGUACGACACGCCGAAAUUAAUUGGCUUUGAAGCAUUCAACUUGGAAAGACCUGAUACGGACGUAUAACAGAGACUUGUACAGACUAUAGUGACUAAAUAUCUAGUAUAAAAUACUAGAUUGGUGGGGACGAGUUCACCUUUAUAAUUACAUGUGUAUAUAACCUGGAUCUGUGGGGAUGCAAUCCAAAACGUUUUCAUCUGAAAUAAUAAUAAAUUAUUUAUGU